AUGGCUCAAAUGUUCAUGUUUCAGAAAGACGAAAAUUCAUUUUUGGAUUAUAACAAAGAGAGGUCUCCAUAUUUCAAAUUCAGUGAAAUUUGCAUUACUGACUGGGAGAAAUUUUGGAAGAAAUUGCUGGUUAAGGUUCAUGUAUCCGCCAUUUACAUCGCCGCGUUGAAGUAUCGUAAAACUUGGUCGGAGCCAACUUUGGAAGUCAUUUUGGCUAGUUUUCCAACAUUCUUGGGUUUUUCAACUUGGAUUUUAUUUGGCGUUUUGCAGAAAAGCGGAGAAUAUCAUGCUGUGGAAAUGACCGAUCUUCCACCAUCAUCCUCAUCAACGAACCAACCGAAUUCUCAAAAUCUCUACAAAACUUCCUGGCUAUUCACUUGCAUUGGUAUCCUUCUAGGUGCCGCCACGUCACUAUCGAUCCUGGUGGCGUCGAAGGAAUAA